AGCUGAGGGAAAAGGCCUUUUAAGGAGGCUGGAGAAGGGUCCCCAAGUUGAUGCAGGAGUCAUGUGUCCCAGGAAGUUAAACGAAGGCUUCCAGAACCUCCUGACCUGCCCGGUCUGCAGGAAUCGUUUCCGCGAUCCCGUCACCGUGUUCUCCGGAAACACGGUCUGCCAGUCCUGCGUGCCGCAGGGGUUCCCGGGGGCCCACGUCAACUGGCGGAUGAAGAACGUGGUGAAUCUGUUCGAGCGGCUGAAACCCCGGCUAGAGGCGCUCCCCCUGGUCCUGGGGCCCUGGUGCACCGAGCACGGCGAGCCCCUCACCCUCCUGUGUCUGGAGGACAAUCAGGGAAUCUGCAAAGUCUGCAAGUAUGGCAGCCUUCACCGCUCGCACACCCUGAGCCCGAUGCCAGGGCCUGACCCGUGAGGGGGAGUCGGGCGGCCAAGUCGGCUUUCUGGGAGGGCUGAAGGAAGCUGCGCUGGCGGGGGCAAGGGCGCCCCCCGGGGGCUCCCGGGAUCUCCUCCUUGUGUCGCUCUCGGGAGCCCUCCCCGGGCUGUUCUCGGGCCCCCGGGGCGUCAGUCUCCUUGUCUCCCUCCCGGCCACUCGGCGCCCCUCCUGGGAAGCCUUCCCGAAAUUCCCCCUCUCUCCCACAUCCCCUCAGGGGUCCGAGUCCCUGCUGGAUCCCCCCCAAACCAGGGCCCGCGCCUCCCGACCCCAGCCCGGGGCGUCCCUUUUCAGAGGCUGCAAGUUUGAAUCCGGGGGUUUUUAUCCCCAGUUUCCUCUGAAGAAGAGACUGCGAUCUUUUCCCCGUUGUGGGCGGGGAGAGCACGGCCGCGCCCCUUCCGCGUCCCCUCCGUCGGCCGCCUUCCGGGAGAACAGAACCCACGUGACUGGAGGCGGAUACGGGAGCACAGCAUGCCCGCUGGAAGAACUCCCCGAUGGUUGCCAUUGGGCCGGACUGCCGCCUGCCGGCCGCUCUGGGUACUGCCCUGAAAACGUGCUCAUUCAAUAAAGUUUCUGUGACUUCCGGGGCGCUGAGCCGGGCAGUUCCAGGCACGUGGCCACAAAUGCCUCUGAUAAGGAAGCGGGGCAUGAAGCGGGCGAGCGCACAGAGCCUCCGGGAAGCUGGAGUCGGUGCCUUUGGGGGGGGGGCUGAACUAGACUCUCCUGCUGCCCCUCUGGGGCCCAGACCCGCUUCCCCAGGGACUGCCGGCUUUUCCCAACCCCGGGCCCGCCCUGCUUCCUCCUGUGCCCCCGAGCCCGGCUUCUCAAACGGAGGUCCUGGCCCCGAAUCGGGCCGCGUAACUGAAUGGGGGGCUGUUUUUUUUUGGGGGGGGGUUGUUGUUUUUUUCAGCAAAAUUAUGGUUUUUCAGUAAAUGUUUGUUUCCAUUCGUAUUUUAUUGGCCUGGGGCCACGCAAACAUUUUUCGGGGGAAAGUUGAAGGAGUCCGGCUCUGGAACAUUCAGAUUGUUCUUUGAAUUCCCCUGAAAUGAAGGAAGUUUGCCCCUCUGCGGCUUCCGUCCGCGGUUGCCCCCGGGGCGCUCCGAGCGCGCUGCCCGGCGCUCUUUCUCACGUGGCCUUCCCGGACUGCAGGCCUUGAACCGCGUCCCGCCCGUCUGGAGGCCACGCAGCCGCUUCCCCUCAGCCCGCGGCCCUUCCCGCCGCUCCCUCUCGCUGGACAUCCCGGGACGGACGGACGCCCUCCCUUGUUUGUGGAAGUCCUAGAUCAGGAGACUGGGCUUUCCAGCAGCCAGUGCUCACACCCGACGCUUGUGCAGACUCGGCUCUUUAGCGGGACUUUUCGGGUUUCCCCCCGGUCGUCUAAUCCCUAAAAAGCUGCCUUUGCCCGGUCUCGGAGCUGGAUUUGAAGGCAAACGUAUCUUUCCUUUUUUCCUGAGGAGCCGGUUGUUAACAAAAAUU